AUGAGAACCAUUCUUCCCAUGUGUGGAGGCGGUGAUGGAGGGGAGUCCCGCAGCCUCCGCUCCAAGGUGGGCAGGAUGAAGAGGUUGCUGUGGCUGAGGCAGAGUCACUGCGUGGACAUCCACACGGACACGGAGCCCGGCGUGUGGCUGAGAAGCUUCCAGUUAUUGGAUACUGAUGGACAGAGUGAGGACCCGGUGCAGGAGUGGGGAGAGGAGGAGGAGGACGGAGCUGUGUUUGGCAUCACGCUGCGCAGAGAGCCUGUUCUUCCGGGCUCAGAUACGGCUGAGCUCCCCACAACCUUCAGCUGCAUCCAGUACCACACGGUGAAGGUGCGCAGGUUGAAGGCCGCCACUCUUGAGCGUCUGGUCACCCACCUGCUGGACCCCGAGCACCAGGAGCCCGACUACCUCCCUGUGUUCCUUUCCACUUACAGGGCCUUCACCUCCACCAGCACCCUCAUCGAGCUGCUGUUUCAGAGAGAUGACUUCAUUGCCAACCUGGAUAACACCGUCUGCCCACGCAGUACCUUACCCCCAGUCAUCCGGCUGUGGUUGGAGGAGUACAGUGAAGACUUCCAUGAGUCCCCUCAGUAUCACGACCUCCGGCUGUUGUGUGUCCACUUGCGGCAUCGCCUCUGCUUUAGGCGCUUGGCUCUAACUGCAGAAAACCUGCUCAAGAGGCUCCAGGAACAAGGUAGAGGGGGACUGCAGAUGUGAUUGUUCUGUUGCGUCCCAUACUUAAAAUGUUACUCAGCUUGUUUAUAUGUCAUUUAUGAUUCACUGCGUUUGACAGAUUGCAACCAGUCUGCAUCAGAGCACAACAGUGAAUCAUUGCAGCAGGACUGCAGAGAUGAAGAGGAAGGAGGAGAGAUGCCUUCUAAGGAGGAAGACAGACACAACGUCAUGGACUUCCCAGCGAGAGAAGUGGCGGAGCAGUUGACCAGAUUGGACGCUGAACUGUUUGUCAAAGUGGUGCCGUUCCACUGCUUGGGAUGCGUCUGGUCGCAGCGUGACAAGAAGGGGAACCAAAACCUGGCGCCCACAGUCCGUGCCACCAUCUCCCAGUUCAAUGCUGUCACCAAUCGUGUCAUCACUUCACUCCUUUGCCCGUCCACCCCCAGCCCUUUCACUUCCUCCCCGAACUCAUCACCCAACUCCUCCUCUACCUUCCUGUAUCCCUCCACUGCCCCAAACUCACCUCGUCCCUCACGCACGAGCCGCACCUACAGAGAACGCAUCAUCGAGAGGUGGAUCGCUAUUGCACAGGAAUGCAAAGAGCUGAAGAAUUUCUCCUCCUUGUGGGCCAUCCUGUCAGCUCUGCAAUCCAACGCAGUAUAUCGCCUAAAGAAGACCUGGGCUGCUGUCAGCAGGGAAAGCAUGGCCACCUUUGACCACCUAUGUGAGACUUUUCCUGAUGAGAACUGCGUGUUAACAAACAGAGAGAUCCUUGCAGAGGAUGGGAGUCAGACAGAUGGCAUCGCCACUACAAGCCCUAAGUCACCUCGUCUCUGCCCUGUGUCCAAACACCUCCAGAGCCUGAACAGUGGUGUUGUACCUUACCUGGGCACUUACCUGACAGCCCUCACCAUGCUGGAUACAGCACUCACUGACACUGUGGAAGGCGGGCUUAUCAACUUUGAGAAGCGUAGACGGGAGUAUGAUGUUCUGUCUCAGAUUCUGCAACUUCAGGCUUCCUGUUCCCACUACAAUCUCCCAGUCAACCCUCAAAUCACUACCUGGCUGCAGGCGCACAUUCUUCUCACAGACCAGGAGAGCUAUGAGCUGUCUCGUGAACUGGAGCCACCAGUUGACCCCUGUCCUAGCUCUCCUAACACAUGGAGCAGUCGUCUACUCACCAAGAAGCUCGCCUCGUUGAGGACAGCCAGUGACAGCUCCCUCAGGAAGACUCACGCUGACCAGAUCAGUGUGUCAUCUUCUGGCUCCAGCAGUUCAGACAUGGAGGAUCUCUCCGUCCCUCAGCCCUCUCCGCUCAGACUCAAACUGAAGACUCUCUCGGGCUCUCUCCACAACGUAGCAGAGGACUUCUCCAUCGCCAUGUCCACCUCCUCUCCGAGUCUUUCCAGCUCCUCCUGCAGCUCCUCUCAUCCGGACCUCAGCUCCGCCUCCCUAGGACUGAGCCCCGACUCAUCAUCCUCCAGCUGCUGCGCUCAGCCCGCCCUACCCGUCUACAACAAACAAGUCGCUGACUCGUGUAUCAUCAGGGUCAGUGUGGAGUGUGACAGCAAUGGAAACGUCUACAAAAGCAUAUUGCUGACCAGUCAGGAUCACACGCCUCAGGUGAUUCAGAGGGCUCUCGAAAAACACAAUAUGGAGGAUGUCAGCUGCCAUGACUUCAACCUCUACCAGAUGCUCAGCAAUGGAAAAGAGCUACAGAUCCCCGACAAAGCCAAUGUAUUUUACGCCAUGUGCACGACGGCCAACUACGACUUUGUCUUGCGCCAGCGCUGGAAGAACCACAGCCGACAUCUCGGCUCCUGCUCCAGCCCUGGGGCUCAACCCAAGAACCGCCACGCCAAAUGAGAAGCAUCUGUCCUGGCUGAAUGUUAAGAGUAUAACAAGAAAAGAGACAAGCUACUCAGCUGCAGCAACAACCAACAAUCUGUGGCUGUUUGUAUCUACUCAUCUCAAUGAGUCUGGCACUGUGCACCAGAUAUAAGUGGCUCUGCCACAGAGACUCCCAAGAAACCAGAGAGCUUCGACUGAAACACAACCUUCAGAUGUUCAUCAAGUGUCAUUGUUCAGGAGCAGCAUUGGAAAGUGUUAACCAAGAAUUAUUCUGGACUGUGUGAAGAGAAUGGCCAGGUAUACAAGAGAGAGAGAUGAAACAGAAAAGCAAAUGAGGACUUUUAGAAGAAAUAUAGAAUUUUGUUAUUCUCACAUUAUUCUCUAUCCUUCUAAUCAUCAGACACCAUCUUUGGAUAAAUGAACCACGUUACCAGGACCUCUUUCCUUAGAUGUAAACACUUUUAUUAAUGAGCACAAAUGCACAUUACAUUGUGGAUUUUGGAACUUGCUAAAUAGAAACAUGACGAGCAGCGGGACUGGGAA